AUGGCGUCGUAUCUCAACUCAGAUACAAGUGGAGGAGACAGAAAGAAGGCCGCAGAGUACAGACUGCAAUUGAAGUAUGCACAAGAUGACAAGGACUUUCAUUCCUCCCGAUUAGCAGCUUCCUUCGAUCAGUCUGGAGAUCCGUUGAGUGCACUUUACAUGACCAAGUAUCGAGCAUUGAACUCAGCGAAGAAGGGCAGCUCGUUGUUUCCUAUGCUUUAUGCUGUUGGAGAGGAUACAAACCAAGAGGGAGGCGAGCGUUCUGGAGGAGUGAGAGACGAGGACUACCAGGCGAUCCUGCAAGGAGCCAACAACGCAGCAGCGCAACUGAGUUUUCGAGACGAGCUCAAGAGCGACGAGCAGAACUCGAGAGGGUACAUGAAGAAGCUGGAAACCGAUUUCCUUCAAUCUCAGAACAAUGGACCAGGCUUUCAGUCCCUCCUUCAGCUGUCCCGUUUGCGAAGUGACAGGCCACGAUACCCGUCAUACGACGACACCAUCACAUCGUGGGCGGAUAGACGAAGCUCUGAGGGCUUGUCUGGUAACAUUCCUCAUGACUCGAGUCGCGUCCACUCAGAGUCUCGUCUCGAGGCUCGAGCGCCUUUCCAGCAGCUCUCGAUGGGUAUUGGGUCUACAGGGGAAGGAGAAGAAGACGGAAACGCCAAGGACUGGAUUGUUGCCAUGGAAUCUGAUCCCAAGUGCAAGAAAAUUGUGGAGCAGAUCAGGCAUGGAAUUCUUGGGGCUCUGCUAGACGAUUCGACAGAUUGUCUGGCAAACAAGAAGAAACCCAAGGCGAUGUGGCCGUUCGGAGACAAAUGGGAGGUUAAAGAUCAAGGGGUGCAGGAAAAAUCCAACCUUCUGAUCUUGGCGGCAAGGAAACUGGAGAAGGAGAGAGAGAAGCUGAAGGAUGCGGAUAAUGAGAAAGAAGAGGCCAAGCGAGAUGCGCUCCAAGCCGUCAAGACCGAAGGAGCCUUGCAGGCUCAAGUGGAUUCACUGUAUCAUAAUGAGAAGAAGCAGAGAAAAGAUUUUGCAAACGUAGCCAAGAUGGCGCAGAGCACUGUACUGGUGGAAGAGGAGAUGAUAGGCAAACUGGUCAAAGCUCUCAAGGAUGAGAAGCAGAGUGUCUCGGAGAUGCAGCGGCAGAAUCUGCUCCAACAAUUGGCUCUUAAGCGAUUACAUCAGUCGUUUGAGCAUGGACAUCAAGGACAGAACGGCGAAUGGUACAUCCCUUGGACUAAGCAACUCGCAUCCGCGGCACAAGCGGCCCGUCCCUACUCUGAAGCUUAA